UCAAGUACUAUGAAUGACCAGAACAGAAUUCUCACGUUAUUUGUCCCUUAGUAGAAUUCUUGGUAACCACAUGCAUGAGAAAAGCUCUGCGAACACCUUGUGAACAUGCCGGACGAGCUGACAGGAGCUUUGGUACCCACUGAGGGGUACUACUCACCCAAAUGGCGUCGGGACUGUCUUCAAUGUGGCUCAGACGAUGGUCCAAGCGUUCUGAAAAGUUUAAAACUUGGGAUCAGCUAAAAUGGGUCAGAGCCAUCGUCUCAAAGAUGAUUAAGAUAAAAGUAAUUAAGGCAUUCAUUAAAUACUUUUCAAAAUGCACCAGUUUCCAAUCUCCUCCUCCUCUUUCUUGUUGAAUUUCUUCUCUAUUGGUGAAGUAUCUAAACUGUGUCUCUUCUACAGGGGACACCCCUCAUUCUGGUUUCUCUCUCUCUACUGGUAUUUCCUUUCCCUCCCAUAAAUUCCUGCCUCCCCUCACUAAGGAUUGUCUCACGCAGUCGUCUCUCUCUCUCUCUCCCCCCUCUCGGUGUCUGUGCCUGUGGCUAAUCCCUGCGUCUCCAUUGUUACAUGCAAUAUUCCACUUUCAGAUACAGCUCGAUUAGAAGUCGUGUGAACUACGAUGGAUAGCUCAACAGGCCAUUCACAUGCCUUGCUAGUUGCAGCAACUUUCAUCUUCGUCUUCAGUCUCACAAUCCCGCCACUAAACUCAGCUGAGAGCCUGAAGCAGGGAGAGAUGGUUCUGGGCUCGAGGCCUCCUGAUUGUGUGGACAAGUGCCUCGGUUGCGCACCUUGUGUGCUGAUUCUUGUAGUUCCGGGCUACCAGGAGAAGCAUUUCGUGACAUCGUCACGUGAAGAUCACAUCCAGAACUUCCAGACGGAGUGGCUCAGAACAUCGUCAUCGGGUGAAGGCGGCGAUAGUUACUAUCUCCUCUCGUGGAGAUGCAGAUGCGGAGACAAGAUCUUUCGUCCUUAGAUUCCAGCAAAACGAAAGUACCUGGAAUUUAGUGUUAUGUAGGCAGGAUAUCGCCCUUCUCUAGCUCGCUUUGCAGCAAUGUCCAAACUCCUAGUGUUGUAUGGGGUCUUAAUCGCACAAAUGCCGUGAACAUUUUUUAA